AUGUCUCCGAAUUGUGUCUUAAAUGAAUUAAUGAACAAAAAAGUAAACGUGCACAUUAGGCAAGCUUUUGAACUAAUUGAAAAUUCAAAUUGUUGCUUAGAAGAUGAAAUUUCAUCAAACACUCUGAUAACAGUUUUGAACCACUUAAUUUAUGGCUUAUUAAUAGGAUUUCUAAGCGAACUGCGCUGGGAAAGAAGUGAAGGAAAAAGAUUAAUAGCACUAAGCGAAAAAGAAGCAAAAGUAGAGAAAUCUCCUGGGAUGACCGAAGAAACGAAUGAGAGAUAUUUGUGUAUUCUGCUUGAAGGUAUUUUUAUUCAUGUGCUGUUGGCCCCGAAAAAGGAGAACCAGAACAGGGAGGAAUAA